AUGGCCACCAACGGAGUCCAUGCGUCCGUCGCAGAAGCAGACGACUUGGACAAAGCCCCGCGUGCCCCGGUCGAUCCUCACGCGGUCGAAGACUUAGACUCGCACUCCCUACUGAGCCUCGAGACGCUAUCUGCGGCGACGCAGGCGAUCCACGCGGACGAUGCGCUGAACGUGGUCGACGACGUGGCGCCUCCGAUCCACGUGAGCACGACGUUCCGCUACGACCGGGACCCGUCGCGGCUGCGGCCCUUCCACGAACGGUCGGCACCCAUCUACGACCCGACGGAGCACGUCUACUCGCGCCACACGACGCACAGCAGCUCGCGGCUCGAAGCCAUCCUGGGCGUCCUCUUGCACAAUCCGUGUCUCACGUACUCGUCGGGCCUGGCGGCGUUCAAUGCGCUGAUCACAUUCCUGAACCCCCAAAGAGUGGCCAUUGGCGCCGGAUACCAUGGAUGUCACGGCGUGUUGAAACUGCAUCAGAAACUGUCGGGCCUGAAACUGCUGCCGUUGGACUGUAAGCCCGAAGACCUGCAGGAGGGCGAUCUGCUGCACUUGGAAACACCCGUCAACCCGACCGGCCGGGCUUUCGAUAUCCAGCACUAUGCCGACGUGGCCCAUUCGAGGGGCGCCUACCUCAGCGUCGAUGCGACGUUUGCACCACCGCCGCUGCAAGAUCCCUUCAAACAUGGGGCAGACAUCGUGAUGCAUUCCGGGACGAAAUACAUUGGUGGCCAUUCCGACAUGCUCUGUGGCGUGCUGGCCGUCAAGAACAAGGAGUGGCUGCCCACGAUGUUGGAGGAACGGCUACACCUCGGUGCCGUCAUGGGCGGUCUGGAAGGUUGGCUGGGCGUGAGAAGCGUGCGCACCCUCGAGUUGAGAGUGAUGAAGCAGAGCGCAAGCGCUCAGCGAAUAGUCGACGCACUUGACGGCGCUCUGACCGGGAAGACCGUCGGCACAGGUCUGUCGCAGUCGGAUGCUGAGAUCAUCAAGUCCGUGGUCAAAGAGGUGUACCAUGCCAGCCUGCAGACCGAUGACUACAAAACCUGGCUGAGGAAACAGAUGCCUAACGGCUACGGGCCUGUUUUCUCAAUAACCAUGAAAUCCCCCGACCUGGCUCGCACCCUGCCCAGCAAGCUGCACCUGUUCCACCACGCCACGAGUCUGGGUGGGGUGGAGAGCUUGAUUGAAUGGCGGACCAUGACCGAUUCGUCGGUGGAGAAGGACCUUUUGAGGAUAAGCAUCGGCAUUGAAGACGACAGGGACCUUCUUGACGAUCUCAUCCAAGGGUUCCGAGCUCUGAAGCAAGACAAGUGA